AUGCCUCUGGCCGGCGACAUUGGAAAAGUCUGCUACUCUGUAAUGCUUUUACUAGAAAUAAAAAGUUCACUCUAAGACAUUGAUAAUAAUUUAAUUGAUUAAUCAAAGUAAAGCUAAUAAAAUAACUCGACUAAUAACUCUCUAUAUAAUAAUAAUAACACUUAAAAAACUUAAUUUUUACUAAUUUUGGCUGCAAUUACCUUCUCAAUCUUAUGCUUCUCCAUGUAUAAAGUUUAUAAAGCUUGGAAGUAUCUUGAAUUAUACAACAUUUUUUCUGACAGAAAUUUAGGUCAUAAUCCUUAAAGACGAGCUGUUGAUAUUUCCAGUAACAAUAUUAGAUAAAGAGCAAAAUCUACAGAUGGCUUGAACGAAGUUGAGCUACAAACUCUAAAAAAGACAUAGUUUGAAGCCAUCUAAUUAGAGCCUAAGCAGAGUUAACCAAGCCAAACAUGCUCUAUCUGCUUUUUAGAAAUCGAAAAUAAAAGUUCUAUAUAUGAAUUGGAGUGUAAACACAUGUUUCAUUCUGAGUGUUUAGAUACUUGGCUAAAAAAUAAAAAUAGCUGUCCAAACUGUAGGUCAAAAGUCAUUUAAAGGAGUUAGCUAGUAAUUUAAAGCUUGGAAGAUUCUGAUAUUUCCAUUUCAACCAAUAGCAAUACUAAUAAUAAUGAUUAGCUUUUCUAGCAAAUUAUGAGGUAAAACGGUGAUUUGAUUGACUAGCAAAUUAUCUAAAUUGGCCACUCUGAUAUCCAUAAUCAAAACGAAAAUUAAGAAGAAGGAUAAAUAUACAACCCUUAACCCAGCAUAGGUAACAUAGUAGAUGCAGAUGAAGAAAAUCAUAUUCAUCACAUUCCAAGAACAUCAGAUAAUUUACAGUACUCUAGUUAGCAAUAUUUAUAGGCCGCUCAUUAUUGA